UUUGUGGCACAGGCCCAGACGGAGGACAGCGGAUUCCAAGAGAAAGGGAUUAUCGACCCCCCCCCUCUCGCUCGCGUCUUGUAGCCAACAAUCCCCUCGCUGCUGCCACCAUCACCACCGCCCACAUCAUAAUCACCAUCACCACCGUCCCCGUCAGCACCCGUGGCCAUUCGCCACCAUCUCUUCUCUCGCACUCGAGACCCAUCCCCGUGUUCACCUUGGCAUUGACGAAGUUGUCACGUCGUCGUUCAGGGCAGCAGCGCGACGUUCACGCCUUGCGAAUCUCUCCGUGUGCGUCUCUCUUCAUCGGAAUCUUUAUUUAGACCGCAGGAGAAAUCCGAUGAACCGAGAAGCUCUUUUUGCACAGCUGUCCAGUAGAGACAUCUGUAUAAAAAACGACCGGAUGCAUCAACUGAUUGACUGGAGGCUCUCUGUCAAAAUCAUGAGUUAGUGUGCUGCCUUUGACAGCUCGUGUUAAGACCUGUGAAAGAUAGCUGGCUGUCUAACUUGAUUGCUUUGGAGCCGUGUGUCCAGUUGAUAGCAUGUCGCACCGACUGUUCGCUGGCUCGUGCAAUUGAACGCCGGCUAUCAAUUGCUACUAACGAUGUUGGCAGAUGCCGAUGUGCCACCAACAUCUCUUAUCGCAACGUCUGCCAAGAGCCCUUCUUCUGCAACUGAACGACUUUCUCGUCGAAGGCGGCUGAAUCUAGACACUUCACGUUCGCUUCGCCGCUGAAGGCUUUUUUUGUUUGUUUUGGUGAGUGGUUCAAGCGCUCCUUCGAUGUCGAAGACGAUCUCACCGUAACGAAGAAGCGAAGCGACGGACGCGUCUCUUUCCCGACGCCAGGCGGAGAGUUUUCUGUACAGGCCGCGCUCAUGCUGGAGGUUGGGGUCCGCGUGGUGCGCGGCCGUGACUGGCGCUGGGCCGAGCAGGACGGCGGCGAGGGCCACGCGGGCACCGUGGUGCUGGUGGCGCGGCGCGGCGAGCAGGCGGCGCGGGAGGCGCGCACCGUGGUGGUGCAGUGGGACACGGGCGUGCGCGCCGACUACCGAGCCGGAUUCCAGGGCGCACACGACCUGCUGCUGCUGGACAACGCGCAGAUCGGCGUACGGCACCCGAACAUCGCGUGCGACGCCUGUGGCACGCGCGGCCUGGCCGGCCUGCGCUGGCGCUGCCUUGCGUGCCCCGACUUCGACCUCUGCACGCGCUGCUACGCGGGCAACCGGCACGAGCUGGCGCACGCGUUCGAGCGCCACGAGCACGCGCGCGCCGUCCCGGUGGCCGUGGGCUGCCGUCUGGGCCUGCAGAGGGUGCCACUCAUGGGGACAUUCCCGGGGGCAAAGGUCGUGCGAGGGGUGGACUGGGAGUGGGGCGACCAGGACGGCGGUGCCGGUGGCGUGGGCCGCGUGACGGAGCUCCGCGGCUGGGACGGCGACGAGCUGUGCGGCAUGGCGUGCGUGCUCUGGGAGGCGAGUGGCAGCCGCUGCGUGUACCGUGCCGGGCACCGGGGCCGCGUGGACCUGCGCUGCGUCAGCCCAGCCCUGGGUGGCCACUACUUCCGGGAGCACCUGCCCAGCCUGGGGCAUGGAGCGGCGCUGUGCGGGUCGGAGCGCCUCUCCUCGGCGUCACCGCUGCCCGCGUCUCUGUUCCGCCCGCGCGACGCCGUCCGCUGCGACGCGCGGCCCAGCGCGUUGCGUGUCCUGCAGCGCGGCCACGGCGGCUGGAACAGCGAGAUGACUCAGAACAUAGGGCGUCUCGUACGGGCGUACCGUGUGACGGAGAGCGGGGACGUACGCGUGGCCUACCCCGGCGGCACGCGCUGGACCUACAACCCACACGCGCUCACCAAGGUCCCUGGAGCCAUGGGCCGCGUGGCGUCGGUUUUGCCGGACGGGGCGGUUCGCGUGCCCCUCGCGGACGACUCCGCGUGCCUCUCGGCGGCCGCGCCCGAAGAGGCCGCGCGGCCCAAGACUCGCGGGGCGAGCUCGCUGGGCUCUCUGCUCGAGGUGGUGCUGCGUGGGGGACCACCGCCGCCCUCGUCUCGCCCCUCGAGCCCCCGCGGAGUCCCCCCGGGGCUGCUGCUCGUCACGCACGCGGCGCUCGGGCACGUGCGGAAGAUGCGCGCGUUGCUCGACGCGUUCCCGGACGAGGUGGACGCGCAGGUGGAGGGCAAGACGGCGCUGCAGGUGAGCGCGCACCUGGGCCACGGUGCGGCCGUGUCGCUGCUGCUGGAGCGAGGGGCCGACGCGGCGCGCCGGGACCCCGACGGAGACACGGCCCUGCACUACGCGGCCUACGGGAGCCGCGAGGCGGUGUGCGAGCUGCUGCUGACGAGCGGCGCCGACCCAGACGCCGUGAACGCCUCCGGCUGCUCGGCGCUGCACGUGGCGGCCAACCGCGGCUACGCGGAGGUGGCGCGCGUCCUUUGUGACCACGCGUGUGACGUCAACGUGCAGGACGCGUGCGGGGACACGGCUCUGCACGACGCGCUGGCCAAGGAGGCGCGCGGCGUCGCUGCGCUACUCCUCGACGCGCCCUCGGCCGACUUCUCGCUCCGAAACCGCCACGGCUUCAACAUCCUGCACCAGGCUGCGCUCAAAGGGAACCAGCAAGCGACCUCCGUGGUGCUGGAGCGAGCGCGCCAGCUGGUGGACGUGGCCAAGGAGGACGGCUACCGCCCCGUCCACCUCGCCGCUUUCAACAACCACGCCGCCGUGGUGCGCAUGCUCCUCCGCCAGGGCCGCUGCGACGCGGACGCGGCGACGGGACGGCUACAGACGGCGCUGGCUCUGGCGGCGGGCCAGGGCCACGCCGGGGUGGUCCUGGCGCUCGUGCGCGACGGCGCCUGCUCGACGAACGUCCGCGACGCCGCGGGGCGCACGGCGCUGCACGCCGCCCUGGGGGCGCGCCGACUCCACGCCGCGCCCUGGCGGCCCCAGCCGGCGUCCGGGGACGAGGCCGAGAUGCUCGCCGAGCUGCGAGAAUCGGGACUCUUCCCGGAGGCGGCGCCGGUCGGAGUGGCCAUCGCGUGCUUCCUCGCUCAGUGUGGGGGGGACCUCUUUGUCCGCGACCACGCCGGCCGCUCGCCGCUCGGCCUGGAGCCCGACCCCGGCGUGCGUCAGCUGCUCGGUCACUUCGCGCAGAGGCACAGGAGGUGGGAGUCCGGCUCCGUGGGGGGUCCCGUCACCCUGCGCAGGGUGCACACGACGCCGCUCAUGACGAUGACGAACCUGGCCGGCGUGGAGCAGCUGGGAGGCGGCGAGUGCUUGGUCUGCUCCGAGCCGUGCUCGCCCUCGCUCCUCCUGCCCUGCCAGCACCGCCUCGCCUGCGAGGGGUGCAGCCUGCGGAUGAAGAGGUGUUUCAAGUGUCAGGUGACCAUCACCAAAAAGCUCAGGGAAGACGGCAGCGUCAUCGAGUGCCCGGCGCGCCUGUCGUGCUUCCCGCUGCCGGGCGGCGGCCGCGACGACUGCGCCGGCAACGUCAAGGGCCCCUCCCCGGGCACCAGCGGCGGAGACGGCGCCGGGACCUCGGGCAGCAACAGCGGCGACGAAAACGAUCCCGGCGGCGGUGGUGGCGGCGGCGACGACGACGCGGCGGCGGCGGCGGCGGCGGCGGAAGAGGAGGCCGAGGGGUUGGCCGAGAACGGCUCGGCGCUGCGCUUGCGGUGCCGCGACAUGGAGGCGCGGCUGACGUGCGCCGUGUGCAUGGAGCGGCCGUUGGGCCUCGUCUUCUCCUGCGGCCACGCGGCCUGCACCCAGUGCGGCCUCACGCUGCGCGCGUGCCCGCUGUGCCGCCGGGACGUGACGGAGCGCACGCACAUCUACGUGUGACUUGGCCACGUGUCUGUCCCCCCCCCCACCCCUUGCAUCCGCGCGUCAAUGACCGUUGCGGUGCCCCCCCCCUCCGCCACCCACCCCACUCCCUCCUGGAAUCCAUCCGUGCGGCAUCUCGGGGUCGCGAACGAUGGCGGCGCCCUCACCUGCACGCUGCCGCCAUGUUUUCCCCCCGCACCUCCGAUGUGCACGGUUGGCUACGUACGGUGCGGAGUUCAAGCUACAAACAUACGUCCCCUGUCUCGGCCCUCUUGUUCCACCCUUAUCCCUGGUUUAUCCCCCUGGCUGCCCCUUCCAACGGCUUGAACGGCCGUUCAAUAUUUAGACGCUUUAUAUAUAAAUAAAAAAGCCCCACGCAUACAGACA